AUUUUGUGACUGACUUUUCAGUUUUCNAGAAACCCCCCCAAAAAAAAAGACACAAAUUUGGAGACUAAACAAAGAAAAAAUGAUGCUGAGAAGCUCAUCAACACCAAUUCUUGGUUCCCUCCUUCCAUCAUCAUCAUCAUUCUCAGACAGCCCCAACAACACCACCAACAACAAUCAUCACUACUCUGAACUAAAUAGCCCCACAUUACAGAAGCCCACAACAAACACCACCACCCAUGGCAGAAUCUCAUGUGGGCUCCACCACAGCUGCCGGAAAAAGCCCCUGCUCCGGUCCCCCUCGCCGGCCGGCCUCAAAUCCGGUGGCGGGUUUCGAAGGAUACAGUCUGAAGGGAAUCUCGACGAAUUAUUAGCCGACAACGCUGCUGACGAAUUAUUCGCGCUUCCCAAGAAGCCCUCCGCCGGGAAAACGUGCUGCCGGACUCUCGAGGCCAUCCCUUCUUUCUCAUCCCACCAAUCGACAGCUUCUUCAGAAAACGGCGAAGAAUUCGAGUCGGGAGGUGUUUUUGUGAGUGGGUCGAAGAAGAUGGAGAGCUUGGUCUCGGAGAAUGUGGGGAAUAAUGUGGGUUUGAGUUUUGGAGAUAUUGGGAAGAUGUACUUAGCCUCGGGGCUCGGGAUUUCUGGUAUUGGUUGUGUUGAUUUUGGCGGGAAUGGUGGUGGUGGUGGAGGAGGGAGUUAUAGGUCGGUUGAUUUCGAUAGAGAAGGAGGUGAUGUCAGCAUGGAAGAACAUUACCGGAGAAUGAUGGAGGAAAAUCCAGGCAAUGCAUUGUUUAUGAGCAAUUAUGCUCAGUUUUUGUAUCAGAAGAAGAAAGACCUCGAGGGAGCAGAAGAAUAUUAUUCGAGGGCAAUUUUGGCAGACCCAAAAGAUGGCGAGAUCCUUUCGCAAUACGCUAAAUUGAUAUGGGAGCUUCACCGUGACAGAGAACGAGCCACCAACUAUUUCGAACGAGCAGUUCAAGCAUCUUCAGAAGACAGCCACGUACACGCGUCCUUUGCUAGUUUUCUGUGGGAUACGGAGGAUGAUGAUGAAGAGGAUGAAGAAGAUAACUUCCCGGGAAAGCAACUUGUUCGCCAUGGAUUCAUGGCACCUGCUGCAACUGCUUAAAUGCAAAUGCUUUUGUUCUUUUUCUUUUUUUGUUGACAAAAAAAUAAAUAUGUACUAUUUUGAAGAAAGAGAGAUGGAAGAUUAUUAGAAAUUCAGGGUCAGAUUUAGUCUGGGGAAGUAUGAAAUACAGUCGUUUUGUCAUGUGAAAUGACACAAUUACCCUUACUGUCAGAAACAAUUCCUAGGAAUUUGGAAUUCUAGUAAGGAUAAUUAUGUCAUUGUACAGCGCAAAAUGACUAUAUUUCAUUGAAAUCUAGGAAAGUGAAAAAUGGCUAAAGAAAAGUGGGAUUGUAGUCUGGAUUGUUUAGUUCAGAAGCUCUGACCACACAUGGUGGGAUUUUGGUUUUUUAAAGAUUGGCUUGAUAAUUGUUGAUAGUUGGAUUAUUUGGUAUUGGAAAUAAAUGUAUUCAAGUAAUUGAUGUAUGAAGUAUUUGUGAAAAUGUAUAUUAUGUUAGAAUAGAGAAGGAUUUACAAGGUCAGGAAAAAAGAGCAACUAUAAGAAGGCUGUCCAUAUGUUUUCCUCAACCAAAUAGUGUCAUGUAUUAGUUAUUAAGAAAU